AUGACAGAAAAACACACCAAAACGGUAGCCCCCUACGGCCACUGGCAGUCUCCCAUCUCGACCGAUCUCGUCCUUCAAAAAGCCACAGCUCUAUCCGAGGUUCUCAUCCCCGCCAACUCAACUUCUGCUGCCGAUGUAGCUUGGGUCGAACUUCGAAUGUCCGAAUCGGGACGUUCUGCUCUCAUGCAUUCCUCCUCUCUCUCCUCAGACGAUGCCACCGAAGUCUCUGCUGGCCAGAACGCUCGUUCUGGCGUACACGAAUACGGUGGUGGUUCAGCAGCGUCACUUGCGGACGGUAGCUUUAUUUUUACUGACUACAAUCCUAAGCGCUUUGAUGUCUUUCACGCACCGGCAGAGGGGAAGCAAGGCGCGCAGGUGGUGACGGAGGAGAACAGUGCGAUUAGGUAUGCUGAUUUUGGUGCUCAUCCCACCGACACAAACUUGUGCUUGGCGGUGGAAGAGGAUCAUAGCGAGGACACACCGAGUACGGUGGUCAAUUCGAUCGUCUUGUUGGAUCUGAAGCAGAGGCCGGCGAGAGUGCAUACUUUGUUGAAAGGAAGAAAGGCAGAGGAGCAGACAGAAGAUGGGCCACAGAAGAGGGAUUUCUAUACAUACCCAAGAUUCUCACCCAAUGGCAAGUUUGUCAGCUGGAUCACUUGGAAUCAUCCCAGCAUGCCUUGGUGGGAUACUCAGCUUUGGGUCGCUCGCUUCGACAACUCCAACCCCGACGAGCCUCAGCUGGCUGGUGCAAGCCUGAUCAAACUCGGCUCGACGGAAACUGGAAAGCAGCAGGUGUAUCAAGAACCAGUCUGGGCCAUCCCUUCCCAUCCCAACCAAGAGACAGGAAAACUUUUUUUCGCUUGCGAUGCAACCGGAUACCUCAAUCUCUACUCUACCUCCAUUUCCUCCUCCCUCACUCAAGAUGGUGUUUCGGUAUCCACUCCAAUCCGCAUCCUACCUGAGCCGGUAGAGAAUGACUUCAUCGCUCCAAACUGGACCCUGAACAAUUCCGACUACAUCCCUCUCUCACCCGACCUUCUGAUCGUAACCUUCUUCUCCGGAGCAAAGCAAAACUUAGGACUUAUCAACCUUCGUCGUCCACGCUUAAUCCGCCUUGACACACCUUUCGUUUCAAUCACUCAACUUCGUCGUCUUUCCUCCACCUCUUUCGCCCUUAUCGCCGCACGUGCAGACGAACCUAGCGCUCUCCUCGCUAUCUCUCUCUCCGCUCUGGCCUCGAACAACUACACUCUCAAAGAUUCAAACAUAACCAUCAUCAAACGCAGCUCCUCGCUUGUGUGGGAUGGUACAAUCGAUAAAGGCGAUCUCAGCAUCGCGCGCGAGAUUGAUUUUCCUACGACUCUGCCGAAUGGGGAAAAAGCUGUUGCCCAUGCGAUCAUCUUCGCACCGAAGAACAAAAACUUUGUGGGACCGAAAGGGAAAGCGCCACCAUGCGUGUUCAACGUUCAUGGAGGACCGAGUAGCAGUGCUGGUAUGGGAUUCAAUUUGCCGACUCAGUUUUGGACGAGUAGGGGAUUUAUGGUUUGUAGUGUCAAUUAUGGAGGUAGCACGGGUUAUGGUAGGCAGUAUUUGCAGAGGUUGAACAGUGAGUGGGGCGUGACGGAUGUUUUGGAUUGUGUGGCUGCGGCAAAAUUUUUGGGUUCCAAAGCCAGUCUUGGUGAUACUCUGUUUGGGGAGUUGAGUGAGAAGGAAAAGAACGAGGUUUGCAAGGAGUUGGAAGCGGGGGGGAAGGGGGAGAAGGAGGAGGAGGAGGAGGAGGUCGUCGUCGUCGAACAACACAAGUUGGGAGGGGGAGGUGUGAAGGUGGUGGUGAACAACACAAGUUCGGCUUGGGGAUCGUUGGAUUUGGUGCUAGCUGGAGUUUCCGUGGGCGCAGCGGUGAUGGCAGUUGGGUUCGUGGGGAAUGUGAUGGAGAAUUACUCCCAUUGCAUUCCGUCGCUGGUCAGGCCGAAGAGUUUGCUUAGUAGAUAUGCGGUGCAAGCAGGAGUUGCGAUUGUUUCGCUGUUGCCGUAUAUCUAUUCCAAGAUGGGCAGAGUUGUCUCCGAGUCGGUCUCAAUCCUCCCAGGGAUGGGUGUUCAACUUUCAACCAGGCGUGCCUUGUCCCUACUCUCCCGCGACUACUUCCAACGUUGCUCCUCGCGCCUAGUGCCAGAAGACCGAAUGCUAGACAUCUACAUCGGAGAAGGAUACCGACACUUCUCUAUCGUCGACUAUCUCACCCUCACCACACGCACCACCUCAGGCGAAGGAGCUAGGAUCGAACGUCUGUUCCCCAACCUUCUCCCCCGUCUUCCGACAGUGCAACGCAUCUACCGCUUCCUCUCCCCGCAUCUCCCCUCGAACUCCCCGAUCGAUUCCUCCUCCUCCGAAAGGGAAGCUGGAUCCCUCGCAGAUCCAAACGCACUCCUCAUCAGCGGCGGAUCAGCAGGAGGCUACACGGUGCUCGCAUGUCUCUGCUUCCACCCUACCAUCUUUGCAGGUGGCUGUUCUCGAUACGGCGUUUGCUCUCUCCAACUCCUAGCGGAAGAAAGUCACAAGUUCGAAAGUCAAUAUCCGUUCCAACUCAUUGGUGGAACUCCCAAGUCUCUUCCCAAGGUGUACCAUGAUAGAAGUCCGAUUUACGCUGCGAGCAAGAUCAAAGCUCCCAUUUUGCUACUGCAGGGAAGCGAGGAUAAGGUCGUACCAAAAAGUCAAGCUGAUGAAUUUGUCAGGCAGUUGAAAAAGGCCGGUGGGGAGCAAGGCAAGGAUUGGAGGUAUAAGGUCUAUCACGGUGAGGCUCAUGGGUUUAGGAAGGCAGAGAAUGUGAAGGAUAGUUUGGAGGAAGAGUUGAGGUGGUGGAUUCAACGUUGUUUGCCUGUACACAACUAA